AUGGCUUCAAUGUCCCCAUUUACUGUCCUCGUCUUCUUGGCUGUCUUCUUUGCCAAUUCACAAGUUCUAAUUUCCACUACCGAUCAUCCAAGAACAACUUCAUCAGCUUCUCCAGCAGUUUCACCCUACGUCACUGCACCUAAUAUCUCAUCAUUCUUCCCUCGUCCAACAGGCGUCGAUCAUGGAACACCGAGUUCUGCAGCUUCCCCUCAGGCAGAAGCACCCGGACCGAGUUCAGGCGAAUUUGUUGGGAAGAUUUUUUCCAGUUCAACCAGGUUGGAUUGCUCAGCUGCCAUUGUUGGGAUCCUGCUCAUCUCUAGUUUCUUGCAAACAAGCAUGGUUGUUUGA